ACGCUGGCGACCUUGAUGAAGUGCCAGUUGGGGGUUCAAGUAAGCGGUAUAAAGGCUUUUGCUUUUGGACACCGAAAGCAGAUCCUUCGAGCUUCUUCCUCCGCUUCGAGCAUCACUCUCGACGCUAAACAGUACGACAUGUCCAAGCUGUACAUCCUCGCCGCCCUCCUGGCCGUGGUUUCCGCCGCGCCUGCACCUGCUCCUGCGCCGGGGGCCCUCCUGGCCGCGGCGCCCGCGAUCGCGGCCGUGCCGGCGCCGAUCGUCACCGCCAGUAGCAGCCAAUACGUCGCCAGGAAUUACAACACGCUCGCCGCGGCUCCGCUCGCGGCUGCGGCUCCGUUCGUAGCUGCGGCUCCGCUCGCUGCGGCUCCGGUCGCAACUGCGGCUCGGUUCGCUGCGGCUCCGUUCGCGGCUGCGGCUUACGCACCCUUGGCCUACGGUACCCACGCUGUCGCGCCUGCGUACUCGGCCGCGUACUCGGCGCCUGUUCUGCUGUAAGCUCGACCCGGGUCCCUGGUUCGAGCCGGACCAUCAACUGCGGAUUUUUUCACCGAGGCACUCCAUGGACCGAUCACCGGACGAUAGCGAGCGAUGAGCGCACCGCUGCGAUCGCGCCGGGCUCGUCGCAGCGAGCGCGACGUGUUAUGUUUGCGCAAUUUAUUAGUGUCAAUAAAUUGAUUUUCUUCA